ACCGCGGAUCUGGCGGAGGUGGCUCUGCGACUGUCUUUUGCUGAAUUUCACACUUUCUGUGCGCGGUCUUGGGGAUUUUUAACCAUGCAUUUUGGUCUUGUGGAUUGGUUCUAAAUGUUUACGAUUUCGUCUAAUGUCAUCCGCAAAUAACUGGAUCUCAGGUGUGAAGAGGAGUCUGUGUCCCAUGUUGCUCUAGGAGUGUGUGCAUGUGUGUGAGCGUGUGUGAGUGUGUGUGUGUGUGUGUGUGUGUGUGUGUGUGUGUGUGUGUGUGUGUGUGUGUGUGUGUGUGUGUGUGUGUGUGUGUGUGUGUGUGUGUGUGUGUGUGAGAUGCUGGCCUGUCUGCCAGGGCCAGGUGAUCUUUCCCUUCAACUCCACCCCCACUCGCAGAUGAACACUGGACUUCAGAAAUGGGACACUACACAAAGGAUGAGAUCUGUUCAGUAUCCAACCCCUGCAGAAUUGGAUGCAUAUGCUAAAAAGGUUGCCAACAAUCCUCUCACCAUCAAGAUCUUCCCCAACAGCGUCAAGGUCCCUCAGCGAAACCACAUCCGUCGAACCGUCAACGGACUGGACACAGCUGGCCCCCGAUACAGUCCCUACCCCUCCUCUCAGGCCACCUCCAAGACCGGUCUCCUUGCCAUCGUCAAAGUACCCUUUGCCAAGGGUGUCCUCAAGGACUUUGACGGCACACGGGCACAACUACACCAGGAGGUGAUCAUGAAUGCCACUGGUGGCCCUUAUGCAGCUGCCUCAGCCAGCACUUUAAACAUGCACCACCCACCACAGGGUCCUCUCGGAGCAUCGCAGAAGCCGCAGGGACAUCCUUCACACCCUCAGAAUAUCCAAACUUUGCAGCAGCCUGGGCCUACACACCAAGGACUCAGACAUCCUCCCUCUUCCUCCAUGCCACAGCAACCCCAGGGCCUUCCGAGGUCCCAAACUCUCUCCUACACUGCUUCUUUAGGCCACCCUAGCUCCCACCCUCCUUCAGCCAUCAUGCUUCCUCAGCAGCACCUACAGAACCCGCCUCCAGGCCUGCAGGUGGGUACUAGGAAGCUACCUGUUGCAGAUGCCCCUCCUAAUGUGACUGUUUCUACCUCAACCAUUCCAUUGUCCAUGGCCGGAGGCCUCCACCAGGGCCGUCAGGCUGAUUUAAACAGCAUAGUGCAUCAGAUCAGCCAGUUCUGCCAGGCUAGGUCUCAGGGCGCUGGUGCUACAUCAAUGUGUGAAGGGCAGAUUGCUAACCCCAGUCCCAUUAGCCGAAGUCUUCUCAUCAAUGCUAGUUCACGAGUCUCGUUGCAUGGGGGUAACCCUAGUGCUCCCCCUACCAGUCUGAUGCACCCAUCAUGUGCGAUAGGACCUCCGGAUAAAAUUGCUGCUUCUGCACCAGUGAGUGCAAUGCCUCCACACAACAUGGCCACAAUGAACCGCAUGUAUCACAAUGAUAUGAAGCAACAGCAUCUACAGCAUCAAAGUCAUCAACAGCAGCUAAAUCCACAACAGCCGCAGAUGAUGUCAUGGAAUCAGCAUCAGCUUGCUCACCUUCAGCACAUUUCUGAAAGGGAUGGACAUCCCUGCAAAGCCCCACCUCGAGACCAUGGUCUCCCCUAUAAGGGCAUUACCUAUCCCCUAGAGAUGAGCAUGGGACAGCCUUAUGCCAUGAAGCCCUCCAGCCCUUCCCCUCCUCUUGCCCACAACAACAAUGCAAUGCACCCUGGCACGGUGACGCACUACACCAAUGGGCAGUACUACCAUCAGCCACCAGUGUGGGGUAGUAUCCUUCCCACGCCUAACAGUGACAGUUCUGGCUCACAGGACAUCCCAGUGCCCUUCCACGGCCCAGCAGGCACUGGCACUUGUAAUACCAACCCCACCCCAGGGAUGGAUUGCGCCCCCACUGGAGGAGCGGCCCAUUACCGAUUAGUAGGGGGUGCCUUAAUAGGGCAGACUAAUCUGAUGCAAACGGCAGAUUGCAUGGGAGGGGACUUCCAGACGCCCUGCUUCCGAGAUCAGAAUCUCAUCCUAAUGGGGAAGAUGCACAGGCCACCCCCUAUGGGCCGGGUAGUGGUUCCCCCCUCUGAGAUACAAGGCCAGCACCCAGGGUACAGAUAAGCUUCAGCCCACAAGCCUCAGACACAGUCUCUCAUUGUAGUCAGCAACUCACUCUCGUAUCCUGUAUACCUUCUGUUAGUCUUAAUUAAAUUACAUUUGAAAUUCUGAACUGAUCUCUUAUAAAAUACUAAAUUAAAAUUUCAAGGAUGAUUGUUGAAACAAAACAAAACAAAAAAACACAAUAUAAACAUGUCUAUCAAAGAGCAGUUUUUUUUUCCAAUCUUGCAAGUGAUCAAUUUUUUUUUUCUUAAAAAGAGAGUUUUUAAGGUAUUAAAGUUUUUUUUUUUUUUUUGUACUCUUGUCCUGUCUAUUGUAGUACCUGGUCCAAGUUCUCCUGGGUCACAUCUUUGUUUAUUGCUUGCAGUUUCAUUAAAUGUGUCUUCUGAAAUCAGUGACUUCUAAGUGAAUCCAAUAUAAGGGGAAAACAAUGCAUAUCACCAGGGCAGGAUUUGGACAACCAACUUCAUUUUAUUUCAGAGGUCUGUGUUUCAGACCUGUCUUAUAGCAUCAAGAUGGCUGGCAAACUUAGAGCACUUCCCUCUUCAGCAUGACACUUUCUUUGUCCUUUAAUUUUUUUCUGUAUCGGAACUAUGCGUGAACAUGUCAGUCACUUGUCCCUUCAGACCUUUCCCAGGUGAAGCUCUUGUCAUGUGUUCCUGUACACAAGGAACCUGUGUUUCUUUUUAUUAUUAUUAAAAUGUGAUUUAUUAUGGGUGAUAUGGAUUUAUGUGCAAAACCGGAUUGUUGUUUUGAACCUGUGAGUUGCUAUAGGCUUGUUCAUGUUAAUCAGUGAAGGAUUGAAACAUCAGCUUGUUUUUCAGGAUGACAGGCAUUGUGCCUGGCAGGAAAAUUAAAAGACAGGGACAGCAUAUACAUAAUACAUCUUUACAGUUUUUCAGUACAGCAGAAACAAAUGUCCAAUGCCAAUGAAGUUUUGUGUGAUGAUUGUGAAAGAUUUUGUCUUUUCUCUGUAAAGCUGUGGAGGGCAGAGGAGCUGCUUAAAUGUUAAUGCUGUGCCAUUUUCUUUUUUCAUAAUCAUUAUAUUCCCUUUAUUUCUUAACGUGUGAUAAAGUACUACUUGAAUUGUAUUGAUUAGCUGUGCCGUUUCAGGUGGGCUUUAUGUGGAAUGGCUGUAUGUGGGUUUGAGGGACUAAACAUACUACUGAUGAAGGUGUCUGUAGGCUGUGUUACUAAUAUUAUGUAGACUCUAAAUAUGAACCAAAUCGAGGGUUUAUGAUCCUGCAUUUUCUAAUUCAUCCUUUAUAAUAAUGUAACUUAGGAGUUGCUACUGAGUCUUUUGUGAAGUGUGCUUGAAUUGACCAAAUUGAUCACUUGCAAGAUCAUUUGUGGUUGAAUUAAGGAGGACUUUUUUGAAAGAAAACAGCAGAUGAAUCACUUAUUUUAUUGUACACUGGCUUAUCUACUGUACUGCUGUAACUUUAAAGAAGUGUAAUAACUGUGUAUGAAUGUGGCUGCAUAUGGAUGUGGGUUUGUAGACUUGGUGUGCAUGAGAGCACUGGUGUGUUUGUAUGCGCAUGUGUGUUUGUUGGUGAAUGGGGUGUGUGUGCUGUUGGGUCAGUUUGUCUAGACUCAUUUUCUGUUUGCCUCCACUUAACAGCCCUCAUGAAGCCUUAAGUGUUUGGUCCUUGGACUUUCCUUUGACAACAAGCAUGAUUAUGAUAAAAGGUAUAAUGAUUCUGAUUUUGAAUAAUAGACUAUAAAGGAACAGCAUUUUUCCUUGUUUAUUUUUUUUAUUAACAUGAGCUUUUGUUGAAUUGAAAAGCAAUUCUUUAUCAUUUCUGUAUAAUGUAAAUGAAGAAAUAAAUAAUAUUUUAUUGUCAUUAUGUUUUAUAGCUGUUUUUAGUUCUGGGCUGUAACAAAAUCUUUUUAUUCCAAGUUUCAAAGCUUCAGUUUUGCAAUUUGUGCUAUUUAUAAUUCUAGAUUUUUUUUCUCAUUAUUGAGUAGUUUUUUGUUUUCAUUUUUGCAAUUGAAAUUUCAAUUGCUGUGAAAUGGAGGAAGCUUGUAGAAGCCUUUCUCAUAUCUGUCACUCUGUGGCUGUUGAUUGUAUGUGUUGGAAGAAUCUGAAGAGUGUGAGAGUUGUGCUACUCUUUUUUGUAAUAUUGUAAUAAUAAAAUAAAAUUCUAAUUUAU